AUUGCAGUUUUCUUCGCUUUCCAAAUCAGAAUCAUAUGAAUAUUUAUAUACAUAUCUAACCUGAUUGCGGGCGCCGAAGAAGGACGAAAAAAGAGACGCUUGACAGUCACAAAGGUUUAACUUUGUUUGGAGAGAACCUGUGAAAGUCGAGGAAAAGUGUCCAGAAAUCUCAGCAAUGCCAUACAUGUACGAGACGCCAGGCGCUGGGUUCUUAGAUUUGCCGCGACAAGGGCCUCAAAAGAGCACUGAUGGAAUUUACCGCCAGUGGUUUACCUCGAGACAUCGGAUUGUGUCUCAGAAUAAAGGAGGUCCGGUGGCUGGUCAUUAUGUGCAGAUAGAUGGAGAUUGCGUGUCCGCAGAUGCAGUCGAAAACGAGGACAAAGCAAAAUUUCAUUUCCACAAUUUUACGGAAAAGAGGGGCGAGAAGUGGUACGACCAUUACAUUCUAGAGAAUCAGAUCAGUAAAGCCUGUAUAGCCGUGAACCCUGAAGAUGACACCAUCACUGUUAAGUAUGCAGAUGUAAGAUGCCUCAGAACCAUGCUGGAAGUGAAAAAAGCCAACCUUUUAAAUCUGGCGUUCAUUAAGCUGCAAAAAAGCGUUGUGGAUGACUAUUUUUGGUUUGAGUCAUGUAUCGAGGAUGAUAAGAAGCGGGUCCUCGGAUUUGACAAAAAUGGAGCGCCCCUGAAAACUACUGAGGUCGAACCAGGUUCGAAAGAAAGUCUGCUAGAUUCGCAUCUGGUCGACAUUGAAGAGUCAUGAGAAUUCUUCCGCAAUAAUAAACAAACAGCGCACAUGAAAAUCCUUUGAAAAAGGCUUUGCAACAAACUUAAUCACACGUAAGAAAAUUAGUAAGAAAAUGCAUAAGUAAAUAAGUUAAUAACUA